AUGGAAACCUGGUUCCUUAUCCUCCUCGCCACCCUCAUCCUCUGCAUCUCUUUCCUCCUCCUCACUCUAUUCUUCACGUUCAUCCCCUCCUCCAUUUCCAAGGGAAAACCCACCAACCAACCCAAACUCCCUCCUGGCCCCCACCCCAUCCCCCUUAUAGGCAGCUUCUUAUGGCUCCAAAAAUCCAUCCCCGAUUUCGAGCCCAUCCUCCGAAACCUACAUGCCCAAUACGGUCCCAUAGUCACUCUCCGCCUCGCUUCUCUCCCCGCUAUCUUCGUCGCCAACCGCUCCCUUGCCCACCAGGCCCUCAUCCAAAACGGCGCCCUUUUCGCUGAUCGUCCACAGGCCUUACCCACCCAGAGGAUCACCAGCAGCAACCAACUCACCAUCAGCUCCGGCGUCUAUGGCCCCACCUGGCGCCUCCUCCGCCGCAACCUCACUUCCGAGAUCCUCCACCCUUCCCGCCUUAAAUCCUACUGUGGGUCCCGUAAAUGGGUUCUCGACAUUCUCAUCCACCGCGUCGGAUCCGAGUCUCAAUCUCAGACUCAGUCCAAAGCCAUCGGAGUCGUCGACCAUUUUCAGUACGCCAUGUUUUGCUUGCUGGUUUUGAUGUGCUCCGGGGAUAAGUUGAAUGAGAACCAGAUCAAACAAGUUGAGUACGUUCAGCGUCGCUUGCUUUUGAGUUUUUGGAGAUUUAACUUCCUCAACUUUUGUCCCAAGUUGACAAAAAUUCUGUUCAAAACCCGCUGGAGUGAGCUAUUUCAGCUCCGUAAGGAACAAGAAGGCGUGCUCAUCCCUCUGAUUCGAGCACGACAAAACAAGGCCAAAACUGAGAGGCUGAGCAGAAAAGUCGACCACAAAGAUGACGACGACGACUUUGUGUUGGCAUAUGUUGACACGUUACUGGAGCUGCAGCUUCCUGACGGGAAGGAAAAGAGGAAGCUCUCCGAAGACGAAAUAGUAAGUCUCUGUUCGGAGUUUCUCAGCGCGGGUACUGAUACUAGUUCCACUGCGUUGCAGUGGAUCAUGGCCAACAUAGUCAAGUACCCACAAGUUCAAGACAAGCUCUUUGCAGAGAUCAAAGGGGUUGUGGCAGAAACAGAGGAGGAGGUGAAAGAGGAGGUGCUGCACAAGUUACCAUAUCUGAAAGCUGUGAUCUUGGAGGGACUAAGGCGCCAUCCGCCGGGGCACUUUCUGCUGCCGCACGCUGUGACCCAGGACGUGGUUUUGGGCGGGCGUUUGGUGCCCAAGAAUGGCAUUGUGAAUUUCAUGGUGGCUGAUUUGGGGUGGGACCCAGAGGUGUGGGAGGACCCCAUGGCAUUCAAGCCGGAGAGGUUCUUGAGUGGUGGUGGUAAAUGUGGAGGAGCAGAAGAAGGGUUUUAUUUAACAGGGAGCAGAGAGAUUAAGAUGAUGCCGUUUGGGGUGGGGAGGAGAAUUUGCCCUGCCUCUGGUUUGGCAAUGCUUCAUCUCCAGUAUUUCGUGGCGAAUUUGGUUUGGAAAUUUGAGUGGAGAGCUGUGGAUGGAGAUGACGUUGACCUUUCAGAGAAGCCAUUGUUCACUGUGGUCAUGAAGAAUCCAUUGCAGGCCCACUUGUCCCCAAGAGUGAAGUGAGAGAGGGUUUAUGGUUGUUGGUGUUAUUAAACACUUAUAUAUUAGACUGGAAUAAAAUAUAGGGGUUGACUUAUGUGAUUCUGU